CGCUGAUAAUGGAUUACUGUACAGCGAUGAAGAAAAGCCUGGUUAUCCUCACAGUUUAUAUUCAGCUAACAUCAGCAGUCUCCCACUCUCUGCAGUACAUCUACACUGCAGUUACACCAGGAAUAAACUUCCCAGAGUUCACUGCUGUAGGUCUGGUGGAUGAAGAGCAGAUUGAUUACUAUGACAGUUACAUCAGGAAGUUGAUCCCAAAGACAGUCUGGAUAAAGAAGAUUGCUAAUAAUGAUCCAGAGUACUGGAACACUGGGGCACGGGUUCUGCAGGCUAAUCAGGAGGUCUUCAAAGUCAAUGUGGGUAUUCUGAUGCAGCGCUUCAAUCAGACUGAAGGGGUACACACAGUUCAGAUGAUGUACGGCUGUGAACAGGACAGUAAUGGAAAUAAAAGCGGAUAUUGGCAGUAUAGCUAUGAUGGAGAAGACUAUAUCAGUCUGGAUGUGGAUACUCUCACCUGGACUGCAGCUAACGCUAAAGCUGUUAUUACCAAACACAAGUGGGAGGCGGUGGGUGAAGCCAAGUUCCAGAAGACCUAUUUGGAGAACAACUGUACUGAGUGGUUACAGAAGUAUAUGGAAUAUGGCAGAUCCACUCUGGAGAGGAAAGUCUCUCCUGAGGUGUCUCUGUUCCAGAAGGACUCUUCUUCUCCACUGGUGUGUCACGCUACAGGUUUCUUCCCCAAAGCAGUGAAGCUCUCCUGGCAGAAGAAUGGAGAGGAUCUGAAUGAGGAUGUGGAGCUCAGAGAGACGCUACCCAACCAGGAUGGAACCUUCCAGAAGAGGAGCAUUCUGACUGUCUCACCUGAGGAGCUGAACAAACACAACUACACCUGCAUCAUUCAGCACAGCAGCCUGGAGAAGAAGAUGGUGCUACAAGAAUUUGAUCUCAGAGUUCUUUUAGGUGAUUCAGAUGGAGGGUCAGAUGGCAUCUUCCUUGGUGCAGCCGUGGUUGUUCUCCUAAUCGUCCUCAGUGGCUGUGCUGGAUUUAUCAUUUGGAAGAACUCUGGUGAUUGAUAUGAAGUAACAAGAGAAAAGGAGAUGCCUUUUGUUAGGACGCUUGAAUCACACACUGGAAUUUAGCAUGUUGGAUUUGGAUACAUUACUGCCC